CUCUCUCUGCGCUGAUGGGAGGAGCGCGCCGCAGCUCCUCUCUGUAUAAGAAGUGUUGAACGUUCAACAAGGGAUUUUACACAGCUACUCAGGAGAAACGAAAUGAUCUGCCCUGGAGCCGCAGCAAAAUGCUGGAUGGACACCUACUCCUGGGAUGGUUAUCGUUCACAGUUAUAGUGUAUCUGCUCAACUUGCCGGGACCAACCGCAGCAUAUUUCGGGUUGACGGGGAAUGAACCGCUGUCUAUCCUGCCACUGAACUCUCUGCCGGAGGAGAGCGUAGGCAGGGCCCACUACAAGCUGUGUGACCGGCUCAAACUGGAAAAGAAGCAGCGCAGGAUGUGCAGACGAGACCCGGGCGUGGCGGAGACCCUGAGGGAGGCCAUCACCAUGAGCGCCCUAGAAUGCCAGUAUCAAUUCCGCUUUGAGAGGUGGAACUGCACCCUGGAGGGGCGCCACCGGGCCAACAUACUAAAGAGAGGGUUUAAGGAGACAGCCUUCCUGUAUGCCGUGUCCUCGGCGGGCCUGACCCACGCCAUGGCCAAGGCCUGCAGCGCGGGACGCAUGGAGCGAUGCACGUGUGACGAGGCCCCGGACCUGGAGAACCGCAAGGCGUGGCAGUGGGGCGGCUGCGGAGACAACCUCAAAUACGCCAACAAGUUCGUCAAGGACUUCCUGGGCAAGCGCUCCAACAAGGACCUGAGGGCACGCGUGGACAUGCACAACACCAACGUGGGCAUGAAGGUAAUCAAGGCUGGAGUGGAGACCACUUGCAAAUGCCACGGGGUCUCUGGCUCCUGCACCGUCCAGACCUGCUGGAGACAGCUCCUGCCCUUCCACGAGAUUGGCAAGCAGCUCAAGCAGCGUUACGAGACUUCCAUCAAGGUCGGCAGUUCCACCAAUGAAGCAACAGGGGAGGGGGAGAUCUCCACGGGCCGGAGCCAGCAGCAGCAGCCGCAGCAGCAGCCGCAGCCUUCGCCCGGCCUUAACGAUCAAAUCCCUCGCACUAUGGACCUGCUCCACAUCGAGGACUCGCCGAGCUUCUGCAGAGCCAGCAAGUACUCCUCGGGCACGGCGGCGCGCAAGUGCUACAAGGAUAAGAACUGUGAUGCCAUCUGCUGCGGGAGAGGCCAUAACACUCAAAGUAGGGAGGUGACCAGACCCUGCCAGUGCCAGGUGCGCUGGUGCUGCUACGUCGAAUGCAAGCAGUGCACGCAGAGAGAAGAGGUGUACACCUGCAAGGUGUGAACCAGUCACCUCCCAGUCCCCGUGACCAGUGGAGCAAGUGGAAGGUGUUUCACCGUGCCCACGGACAAAACGGAGCGAGCCGAUGGAAAAGCAAUAAGCACUUUGAGGGAUUUCUGGGGGUUGGGGUUCGGAGGUUCUGUGGCCCCUUCUCAGACAACUGGGUCAGCAUCUCAAGCUUUUCAUCAUGGUGUUGAAGAGAAUGUCUUUUAUUUUCCUAUCAACAAAAUUCAUUUUACACAAGAACAGAAAGAGCAAAAAGGAAGGUUGGCAUCCGUCUGUUGAGAAUCCCAUUCGAGAAGAGUAACACCGACAGACUGGUUUCUGGGCUCUUGCCCGAAGAAUUCUGAGCGUGUGUGUGUGUGUGUGCCAACUUUUACGUGCAUGUGUGUUUGUAAGUGAGCGUGUGAUGGGGUUCAAAUUACGACUUUUAUGGCAGCAACCAUAUUCAGACUGUUAUAAUAGACAGGGUGUAUGAAUUAUACACGCACAUAUUUACACUCACACACAUUGUGUGUUUGCAUAUGUAUGUACAUAAAUUCAGUUAUAUUGAAAUGCUAUUAUACAAGCCACUUAUCUAACGUUAAUGUUAAAACAAACCACUAACCACACAAAUGCGCGUUGUUUGUGUGCUCUAACUCGUUUUUCUUCUUGAUUCAUGUUGACAAGGCCCUUUGGAAAGCAACACACUUGUGUCGGUCGUCUUGCUGUGGAUAAUUUAUGGCUCCUCUGGGACUACUCCUUCACAAGGAGAGAAAUUAAUCUAAUAUUUUCCUUUUUUUGGUAAUAUAAUAUAAAUAUAAUAUGAAGCCGUUCAUAAAUGCAUUAACAGAAAGUAAACCAGUCAGUUUAGGCUAUUCUCGGCCUUGAGCAUUCGGUGUUCAGGGAAUAACUUAAACCACUAUCUGACAAACUGUUUGGAUGAACUAAAGCUAAAUUGUGCAAAUACACUCAAUAACCAGCAUCAAUGUACAGUGGCCUUGUUAUUGUAGCCAGUACCUUUACAACAGGUGACCAGCUCUGAAGAGCUUUGACUUAGCUUAGCUCGUACUUAUUAGGUUUUUUUGCAUACUUUGAAGUUGCAAAGAAAAACUGUGGAGACCUGGAGGAAUGUAGCCCCCUGCUGUUUCACAUCCUCCUUUCCUCUUCUUGUGCCACGAUAUGAUUGAGCCAUAUUCAACAUGUUGACACGCAGCAUGUAGAGAAGAACCCGCGUCGGUCGGUCUGCCCAAACGUUUUGCGGCAAGAGACGGGAAUCGAGUUCGAUGCGUCUGCAGAAUUGCUCAAGUGAAGGCCAAAGCAUUGAGCCUUGUAGCUAAUAUUAUUGUGUCGUAUAAGGCUAAUUUUGGAGUAAUGUUUUGACAAAUCAAUGUCAUAUAGUCUGACAUUUUGGCGUAUGCACGCAUCAAGUGUGACACCCUAGCUGGCAGCCAGUUAGCUCGCUAAUAACGAAGAAAUGGAGGUAAACACACCAUCUUGUUUCUUGGGAUAGAGCCGUGGGAGGAGUUUCCCCAAUUUCAUGCAUCCCCAGAUCAGACAUGGGCUGUGAACUUAAAUUGAUAUCGUGCAAAAGGAAGCUUUUAUUUAAACUCCGCACCUAUACAACCAUAAAAAGAAAUGUUGCCAUGUUGGAAUCUGGCAUCUAUCUGUUUCUCAGAUGUCCAUGGGCUCGUUUCUUGCUACGUUCUGCCUUGUUGUCAAUGGGUGUGAAUUAACUACUGAGUGAGGGACCCAGCUUUGUAAUAUAGCGCCAUUCACGCACUGAAGCCCCAAAAGCCCUUUAAAGUAUUUAACAAUCUGUAUUUAUGGAUACAGUGCGGUGCAGAGUCCUUGUUUUUGAAGCUGUAAAUAGCAAUGGUUUCUUCUCCUGUGGUAGAGUGACAAAGGUGAAGGCACAUGUUCGGUUCUCACAUGGAGCCGAAACAGAAAUUGGUGGCGAUAAUAAAUACUUAGCCUCACAGGUGCUGCAAUACCCUGCAGCCCAGACCCAGACAUCUAGUCCAGCCUUUAAAGUUAAUAAUCACAGUAAUUGAGUUCCAACCGUCGUUGUCCACAGCAAGUGCAGGUUUUUGGGCAGGAGCCCUGCUUGGCCUAUUUGUCGCGAGCAGAUAAAUUCCAAGCAUUUUGAUAUGAGGAGGUUUGCCAAAUAAAGACUGGUCACAACAUAUACAUAGAACUUUGCACGCUACAUGGAAACCAUAAUAGCUAUGCUGAGGCUCGGAGCAUAAAUGCCUGCUUCCCACAGCCUCGAGCGUGCCCAUUCUCCACAAACACACAGAGCAUCCAAACAGGCAUGACAGGAAUAUCAGAUGCACAUUGAGAGCAUUUCCAAGCACAUUUUUGUUUGUUUAUAGAUUGUACAUAAGUCUAAAAUUUCUCCCAAGUAAGAGGAGCAUGAUGCAGCAGCCAGUGGGUUUUAUUUAGACCUCGCGGUCGUCCAUAUUCUCAAAUCCAACAUCUCUGCACUGUUUAGGUGUUAGUGGAUCAUGUACAAAAAUUCUAUUUUAUAGAAAAAAAUAAAAAGAUAAAUUAUUUUUUAAAUAUAUUAUGAGCAUGUGUUUAGUGUAAAUAACGUCAAAGUCUAAAUUGAUUUUAUAUCCUGGAUGUCUUUUUUUAAAUUGUUACUUUUCGGGUGUUUGUUCCUUUUUUGGGGUGGAGGCUUCAAGAAACAGUGAAACUUUAAACAUAUUUCAUUUCAUAUCUCUGCGUUUGCUAUUAUCUAAGCACUAACAAAUCCUAACAGAUUUAGAAUCAACUCUUUUUUUUUUUUUUGCUUACAUGAUAACGAAACUUUUUGUUAUUUAAACAAAUUACAGUCAUCACAGAUGUAUUAAAAGCAUUUGACCUGUUACUUCAUUCUCGUCCUUUGCAUCACUUGACACGUACAAACACUUUUUGUUAGGAUUUGUGCUGUGCUUGUAAAACCACGACAGAACACACCAGCACGGGCAUCGCCCGUUGUGAUGAUACUACACCAACAGAGCUUUGUCCAUGUUCACUUAUUGUCUUAUGGGAACUCUAAAUUAUUUCCUCUACCUCAUGUGUAUAGCUUGUAGGUAUAAACAGAUCACAAAUGACUGGUAAGAAUGUAUUUAAGUUAUUUAACAUCUUUGUAUAACAAAGGCGAAAAAUCUGAAAUAAUAAAUGAAUUUUUAAAUUA